UUUCCAAGAUCAUUUCUCGUCACACCUUAGAUUCAAACAAAUACUUUAUUAUAAAACCCUAAACAAUAUUAGCCGAUGCUGUUCAUGACUAAUAUAAAACCCUUCCAAUACUAUAUUAUAGUGCAGAUGCAAUGCAUCAUUAAUUACAAAUUAUUAAACUAAACAUCAUCUGUCUCUCGACUCUGCUAUAUAAAGAAGAUCAUUUACGUUACGUACAUAUCCUAAAGCUAAUUAAACCAACCAGAAUACAUAAACACAUAUAUAUCUCCGACAAUGUCUCGUACAGGCGAAAGCUCCUCAGGCUCUUCCUCCGACAAGACCAUAAAACUGUUCGGCUUCGAACUCAUCAGCGGUGGUAAUCGUUCCCCGGAUGUCACGACGGCGGAUAGCGUAAGCUCUUCAACGAAGAAGACGACGUCGUUCACAGCGAAAAGACUCGAGUGCCAAUACUGCGGCAAAGAGUUUGCAAAUUCUCAAGCCUUGGGUGGUCACCAAAACGCUCACAAGAAGGAGAGGUUGAAGAAGAAGAGGCUUCAGCUUCAAGCUCGACGAGCCAGCAUCGGCUAUUAUCUCACCAGCCACCAACAACCCAUAACGACGUCAUUUCAGAGACAGUACAAGACGCCGUCAUAUUGCGCGUUCUCUUCCAUGCAUUUGAAUAGUCAGAUGGGUUUGUUCAACGAGGAGUGGUCGUCCAUGUCGUCGCAGAUUAGCUUUGGUAAUAAAGACACUUCUCAAGAUUUUAGUGAACAAAAUGGUGAGAUGGGUAAGAUGUACGGUGCGAGACAAAACAUGAUUCAGUUCCAGAGAGAUCUGACUUCUCGUUCUGAUUCGAAGAGAAGCAUUAACCCGCUGGAUCUUCAUCUAGGUUUUGCCGGUGAUACGGCAUAAUAUCCAUAUGAUUUAAAAUGUAUACUGGUGAUGUAUUUUAUUGCAGAAAAAAAAACGAGACAUAGUAUACUUGAUGAACUUUGAGUUUUAUUAAUUGGUUUAGGUUUAUAUAUGUUUUAAAUUCAUUUAAGCAAGUGAGUUGAAGAUUUUUUUUUAUUGAUAAUCUCAAA